GCUGCCUCUCAAAAUGAGCCAUGGGCUCUUGGCAGGGUUUGCUCCAAGAGGAGCUCCCUCCUUUCCUAUGUUGUCCUUAAGCUUUCUGCUGAGGCAUUGACAUCAGAGUGGCUCUAACUGUCCUGAUUAUCCUGCAUGAUGGGAUGGCUACUUGACGUCAUUUUGAAACUUCCCAGCUGAACUGUAGACAAAUAGGACAGGGACUCCUUGGAGAAGACAGCUUCUAUCAAACCACUUAUUUAAUCUGCCUGAUGACUCGUUGCCAUGUCGUAGCGCAAUUACUAAGCUAAGCUUGGGCUAAGCUUGUUGCUGCUGUUGCUUUUAUUGCUUGUCCUUGUUUUAGUUACUCUCUUUCCAGUUCCACCCUCCCUUUUCUUCUUCUCUGUGGUUAGUUUUCUAUGACUGCGUCUGUCUGCAAGUCCGUGUUCUUGGCUCUUCCCACGGCGAUGCUCUUCCUUCAUGGGGCUUUGGUGCCACACUGUGCUUGGGGCAUUCCUGCCUUCUGCCCUUGCUCGGGGCCAGUGCUAUCUGGUCAAACUUGACAAACGUUGCAGGCUUUGGACACAGCACAGCCAAGUUGGAGCAAGCUACAAGUCAUCAGCCUCAUUCUGUUUGCCAGGUGCAGGAUAUUCCCUGUGUAAUGCUGAUGAGCUCAGCCUACAGCACUACCCCUCAAACUUAGGAGGUGCUGAAAAGAUUGUUGCAAUUAUGAUUGGCAACGUGAAAGGCAUGGAAAUCCUGCAACGGAUUCAGAGCGGCAUGAAGGUCACUAUGGUCAUUGAAGUGGGCAAAAAGCGCAGUCUUUCCAUGAAUAUCUUCACCAUCCUCUUCAUCUCUGUGUCAUUUUUCAUUGUGGCAGCAGCAACUGUGGGCUGCUAUGUCUCUUACUCUGCUCGGAGACUCAUUAUUGCAAGGGCCCAUUCCAGGGAGCAGCGGCAGCUGAGGGCCAGGGCUAAGAAGGCCAUUGAACAGAUGCAGCUCCGCACCCUGAAGGAAGGGGAUAAGGAAAUUGGUCCAGAUGGAGAUUCCUGUGUUGUGUGCUUUGAGCAGUACAAGCCGAAUGAUGUAAUGCGUGUUCUGACUUGCAACCAUGUCUUCCACAAGACCUGUAUUGACCCCUGGCUUCUGGAACAUGGGACAUGUCCUCUGUGCAAAUGUGACAUCCUCAAAGUGUUGGGUGUUGAGAUGGAUGUAGAACCACAGUCUGAGUCUGUGCAAGCCCCAGGAUCCAGUGGCCAAAGACCUCUAUUCACUGUCACUAUAGUUAAUGAAGAGGACAGUCUUAGUGAAACAGCAUCAUCUGGAUAUGAUUCUGUGCAGGGACCGGAUGAAUCUGCUCAGGAGGCACACGUACCAUCAGAACAUGACAACAUGCAUCCUGUAAGUGAAGAAUCCCAGGCCUCCACUGUGACUGUCCUUUCUCAAGGUGACAACCCAGGUUUUGAGGGAGAUGAAACACAAGUUUGUGAAGGCAAGGUUGUUUGUGAAGUCACGUUCUAAGAACAUACCCGGCCACAUGGUGCAAGCCUUCUGCAAGGAGCUGCCUACUGGCAUUCCACAUAAACCAAAAGUUGCAAGACUGUUGCAGAAAAUACUGCAUUGGCAAUGUUUAGACGAAUAGACUUGUCCGAAUCAUAAUUGUAUGGUUUGCCUUUCUUAAAACUGUAUUUCCCACAGGAGUCUUAACAUUCUCCAGAUAAAGCUGUCUUAAAUACAAAGAAAACCAGCAGAUUUUAACUAAACAAAAAUUCCAUCUUCAGCAAAGCUUCUUUACUGUGUUUGAGUUGUUUAAGAGAUUUUUUUAUGUCAUAGUUGUCUCCACUGGGAAUAAUUUUGAGUUGGAAUUUUUGAUUGUUAUUUUCAUUCAAAUGGAUUUUCAUUGUAAACAAAUUUAUUUUGAUCUGUUCUAAUAGUUAUGAGACAGUUUUGUUUAAAGCAACAUGGUAUUUAAUGUUUCAGUGCUCUAAUUUGAUAGGAGAAAGUGCAAGCUAAUGCUUGUCGAACUGGAUUUUUGUCCACAGUGUCUUUGGCUCUCUAGUGAUUCUCUACCUCUCAACUCGUCCUGCCAACCACACAUUCCUAAAGGGGAAGAAGAGCUGCAAGCUGACAGGCCAAAUCUGACUUACUGUAAAAGGAACAGCUGCAGGAACUUUUCAAACCUUGUUAACAUUAGUGUGUUAGACUGAAAGAUCCUCCAGUGAUCCAGUGAUUUGAGGAGCUAUAAUCAUCUCUAGCAUCAGCAAUAUGCCAGAGUCCUGGCUUUGUGGGAGUCUGGAACUGACUUCAGGAAAGACUCAGCCGAAGAUGUAAAGAUAAAUUCUUACAAAGGAUCUCCUGUGUUUUGUUCAGAAAUGAUCCAGCCUCUGAAAAAUGCUGGACUGUUGAUGUACAUUGUCUUGCUCAAGUGCACAAGCUGCACAGAGAGCUGAUGUCCUAUGACUGUAACAGAGGGUUGGAGAAGCUGUCUGUCCUCUGUGUGGAGUUGAGACGGGGUCAAGUAGGAACACUGGGUGCCUCAAUAGUAAGUGACUUGGCCUUGUCCAGUGAAGUUAGCUAAGGACAUCUUAUAAAUGCACUUUAUUUUUUACCUCUGCAUCUUUGACUAAUUUCUAUUGUUCAGUAGGGUUUUGUCUUAGAGGCUCCAAUAAAUAACUUAAGAAUCUGGGGGGUAAAGCAAUGCAUUUUCUUAGCUAUAUUACAAAUGAAAUUAUUGUAAAUAUUUCAUAAUUUAUAUUGAAUUUGAAUAUGAAAAUGAAAAUGUAAAUAAAACUCUAUUUUUGAUGAUCA